UAUGCUUAAGACGAAUCCGAUUCUCUCUUCAUUUUCUGGAGAAAGUGACGCACUUGUUUUUACGAUUUUAGACCUAACAAACACACAAAAGUAAAACGAAUUAACAUCAAAUGUGGUGGAGAUCAGCGUCUUUCAUUCUCGACAAACGGGAAAACGACAUCGCUACCCACCCUAACCCUGACACACUAACUCUAUCUUCUCCACCUCUUUCCAUGUCUGAUACUCUUCAAAACCCUAACCCUCAGAAUACUAACAUCUCCGCUUAUUAUCAGACUCGUGCGGCCCACCAUGGCGUCGUGACUAGCGACUGGCUGGCCCAGGCUCAGGCCGCCGUCGGAAGCCAGCCGGAUGAUGUAUUGGCUCUGGAAACUGACGUCAAGGUCGCUGGAAAUGCUUUUAGUGUGAUCGAUGAAUUCAAUAACUGGAGGAAGCAGCCGGACUUGGCGGAGGCUGUUGCGGCGAUUAGAGCGCUUGCUGCUGUGAUUAGGAAUAGUAAGGCAACUACGAUGAUGGAGCUUGAAAUUGAGCUUAAGAAGGCUUCGGAUUCACUCAAAUCAUGGGACGCAACCUCUAUCUCUUUGACUGCAGGCUGCGAUCUCUUUAUGCGGUAUGUAACCAGAACUUCAGCCUUAGAAUAUGAGGACUUCAAUUCAGCUAAAUCUCGUUUGAUCGAACGUGCAGAGAAGUUUGGAGAGAUAUCUUAUAAGGCACGCAGAAUCAUUGCAAUGCUUAGUCAGGAUUUCAUUUUUGAUGGCUGCACUAUUUUGGUUCAUGGUUUCUCCAGAGUUGUAUUGGAAGUCCUGAAGACCGCUGCUCAAAAUAAGAAACUGUUUCGAGUUUUUUGCACAGAAGGAAGGCCUGAUAGGACAGGAUUACGGUUGUCCAACGAGCUGGCCAAGCUUGAUGUUCCUGUGAAACUACUUAUAGACUCUGCUGUGGCAUAUAGUAUGGAUGAAGUAGACAUGGUAUUUGUUGGAGCAGAUGGAGUUGUUGAAAGUGGAGGUAUAAUUAACAUGAUGGGAACAUACCAGAUUGCACUGGUGGCACAUGGCAUGAACAAACCCGUUUAUGUGGCUGCUGAAAGCUACAAGUUUGCCCGUCUAUACCCAUUAGACCAGAAAGAUAUGGCUCCUGCCUUACGUCCCAUUGAUUUUGGAGUACCCAUCCCAUCAAAGGUGGAGGUAGAAACAUCUGCUAGGGAUUAUACACCUCCUCAGUAUUUGACAUUACUCUUUACUGAUCUAGGUGUACUCACUCCAUCAGUAGUCAGCGAUGAGCUCAUUCAGCUAUACUUGUAGUGAAUGUAAUUUUGUUUUUUUUGAUUGAAACAUGUUAAUGCGUUAGUUACAAACAUGAUAUAUAUAGAUGAUAAUUUUGGAUCAAAUGCAGAAACUUGGGAACUUUGGCCAAUGGCAUCAUCUGCAGAGCUUGUGUUUUUGUGUUCUACAGAUUUAUUGUUUUCUAGGUUUAUUUGAUUCUUCAAUUGUAAUUGAUUGCAAUGAUGGCAUGUAGCCAGAGAAGGGUUUAUAAUAGUGUGUGUUUAGAGUUUGA